CUCGUCCGGGGCAAAGGUGGUCCCUCUGAAGAAGAGGAGGAGGAGGACCUGUCCAUGGUCUCCGAUGACUCCUCCGGGCCUCCUCAUUUCCCCGAAGAGGACAAUCGUUCCUACUGCUAUCUUCGCUCCAGCACUUGCUUUCAGGGUGGCGGCUGCCUCUGCUCUGCCUUGACUCCGACUGCUGGAUUGGCCGCGGGCGGUGCCAAGAAGAGGAGAGUCGAACCAGAGCCACAGAGACAGCGUUCUUCUUUGUUGGAUGGCUCUGCCAGCUCGCCCCUGUUCAGCUUCUCCAAGCCAUGCUAUAUUCCUGAUCCGUACUCUCCAUCAUCUGGUUUCAAUCCGUACUCUCUUGUAGCUUUAAGACGACGCUGCUUAGUUUUAUACGUGCUUUCCGAACAAACGCAGAGAUCUGGACUUCACUUGUCAGGCUGGAGGCUUUAAAGAGGGAGCCCAGAGGCAUGUCCCACUUGUGAGAAUAC